AUGGCUGCCCUCAAUUCCAGCCCAAGCGGCUUCUCCUACGCCCAGGCCGCUCGCGGUCAGGCCUCGACGACAGCGUCCCAAACACCUUCGAGCAAGGUCACCUCAGGCACAGCGACCCCGGCGACCGGCGGCUUCUCCGACCUCGGACCCAGUAGCAAUUGGGCCGACGAUGUCGAGGCCACAGUCGGAGAGAAGCCGUCAGAUUCGCGUAAAGCAACCCAGGAGCAGAGCAAGCCUACACAGGCCAAGGAUAGCGCCGUGGAGCGGGCCAAGUCCGAGAGCAGACCCCAAAAUGGUUCGUCAGGAGUAUCAUCACCAGACCUCACAGCCGCAUCGAGCACCACUACUAAUACCGAUGAUUCGUCUUCAGCGCCAAGCGGCACUUCGUCUUCGGACACCACUUGGGACACCAAGUCACAAUCCUCCGAGCCAGCGUGGAUUGCCGAGCGCAAGGAGCGCCAGAGCAACCCAUCCACAGAGGAGGGCAGAGGCAAGCGGGGCAAGAAAGAGUCAAGCGAGUCCAAGGAGUCCAAGGAGUCCAAAGAGCCCAGAGAGUCUAAGGAUUCAAAGGAUUCAGAUGGACCUGCAUUGCCGCAACCGCCACAGAAGCCUGUGGUCCUGCAGGAAGCUCCACCACCUGCAUUCAACAUUUGGGCAAAGCGUCUAGAGGAUUCCAAGUGCAAGCCGGCCUCCACUUCUCCUCAGCAAGUACCAAAGCCCUCUGCAACAGCUUCUACGUCAGUGUCUCCAAAUGAGAAUCAACGCCCACGAGCCGACUCCAGAAGGAAAGCGAACUCGGUAACGAGCGUUUCUCGCGAGCCAGAGCCGCGGAACACUGUCGGAGGCGAAAGGAAGAAGUCGAAUGGCUCCCAAGGUAAGCGCACCAAGACUACGAACGCAAGUUUUGAAGACUCAAGCCCAGCAACAGAAGACUCGACGUCGGCUACGUCCAAUAAAGCGCUGCCUCGUGAGCAUCAGAGUUUGCCCAACCUGGCUGCAGCGCCACCAUCUGUCAAGGAUGAGAUUUCGUGGCCUACACCCGAAAGUGCGCAGGAAAAGGAGCGAAAAGAAACAUCUGCGGAGAAGGAAUCAAAAGAUGCCGAGGAGAAUGGCGACGCCGAGAGUGCAUCUGGCGCGAAACCGCAUCAAAAAACGAAGUGGAAGCCGAUUCCGGUCACGCCUACCAUCGUUUGGCAGACCGAAGAGAUGAAUCGGCCGCCGCGACAGGCAGGUGACAGAGGUGGCCGCGGUGGCAAUUCUUCUCGCGGUAGGGGCGGCUUCCGUGGGGGUCAGAAUGGAUCGAAAGGUGGCGAUCGGUCCGGCAGAAACAAUGGGUCCCAGAGCGAAGGCGAGAAUGGUACGCCGACAGGUCAGCGUGGUCGAUCCGCAACCGUUGACCGCGAAAACAUGCCACCGCCCGCCAAGCCGUUCCGACAGUCUAGUGCAAGCGAAGCACGUGAAGCUCGCGGUCCGCGCGAGCAGGGUUCAAUUGAGCGCCCAGGCAAGGACGUGAAGAACGGUGCCAUGACCCGAGAUGACUCAAGCGCAGGGGCUGGAGCUGCAGGCGCGCGCCGGACGAAAUCACCCGUCAAGAUGGAAUCAUCGUUAUCCGACGACCGUCAAGACCUCAAAAUCUCUGAACCAACCGCACGCCAAGCAUCAUCCACAAGCCAGACCGACGAAGCUCAUGAAGGCGGCGAAGUCUCAAAAGAGAAUCUCAGUGCUAAGCGAGGACCUUCUGAUGGCAAGAAAGGCUAUGACGGCUUCAAUGGCAAGGAAUGGAACGGCUCGUCUCGCGGUGCCAAGCGCGGCGGCCGCGGACGGGGAGGUUCACGAGAGUACAGCAACGCUCAUCAGGCUAGCCAGCCCUUCCCCAACGGCCACUCUGAUUUCUCAGGAUACGGAGGAUUCUCGCAGUCACCGAGUGCGUACUCGACACCCCGUGGAUUCAACUUUAGUCAGCAAGGUCGCGGAGGUUGGCGAGGCAACCCGCGUUCACAAUCAAUCCCCAUUGACAAUGCGUUCGGCGGUCGCGCUGCGCCAUUCUGGCCUCAACAGCUUGCACCUGUGGCCCCGUAUUAUCCAGGCAUGGUGGAGUACAAUGGUAUGCCAAUCUCUGGCAUGCCAUACCCUCCCAUGGGAGAUCAUCAACUUCUAGUUGACGCAGUGUCCGCCCAGCUGGAGUACUAUUUCUCCCUGGACAACUUGCUGAAGGAUUUGUUCUUACGCAAGAACAUGGACUCUCAAGGGUUUGUCUUUCUUGAUGUGAUUGCGAACUUCAAUCGCAUCAAGCAGCUGACUGUGGACAAGGACCUCCUAAGGUCUGUCUGCUUGAAGUCUGAGAACAUUGAGAUCCGCGUCGGCGAGGAUGGUAAAGAGCGUCUGCGGCCUCUCACCGGCUGGGAACAGUUCCUUUUGCCACUUGAGCAACGUGAGCCAACUGCACAGAACGCUGGUCCCAAAGAAUUGCGCCAGCCCGAGCAGCCACAUGUACAAUUCUUCCAUCCAUCGCCGAGCAUGCGCGGACUUCCCUCGGCCGGCCCUUCAGGAUCCCAGCGCAGAUCUUAUGACUCCGGCUAUCACAUGAACGGAGCUAUGCCUUCAUUCGCACCGUUCUCGCCGCUCCCGGAGGCUGCCUAUGGCGAGAGCUCGAACGGCGAAGAAGUGCGAGGCCGCGCUACCAAAUCUCCCUUCCGCGACAACAGCGUUCCGCCAGGACAUCAGUCUCUGGCUGAAGUCGCAGAUGAGACCGACUUGGAGCCAGACGUCUUCCCGGAUGAACACGCCAGCUCUCUCACGGUCGUCGUGAAGCCGCAGCCCCAGCGGCCUGCACAUCAUCAUGUUGCUUCUCGCACAUUCUCCAACGGCUCAAUCGACACUCGGAGCAUCUUCAGCGAGAUCGAAAAGUCUACAGACGCCAUUCCGCAGCCAAGUCUUAACGGAGAUACUGUCGCGAAUGGCGAGGGUGGUAGCCCAAUCUUGUCCAGACACGCCAGCUCAAGUCUUCCUCGUUCCCCCGAGAAGGGCCUGCAGGGCUCUAACCUAACACUUCUGUGGGUCAAAGACAAGGAGAUGCCUCAGGAGAAGCCCCCGCAAGAUGCUACCUUGGAGUCGUAUGUUUCGCUGCGGAAUAAGGCUCUCUCCCAACGUCAUGAGGCAGCCACGGGCACUUGCCCGUACGACCUCGACGUUCUCUACCAGUUCUGGUCUCACUUCCUGAUCAGGAACUUCAAUCGAAAGAUGUACAGAGAGUUCAAAGGAUACGCUCAUAGCGACGGUCAGGAUCGCCACACGGUCGUUGGACUGCAGAAUCUCGUCCAGUUCUACGCCAAAGCCCUUGAGAGUGGCAAUCCCAUCCGCGAUCAGGUCGUAAAGGACUACGUCAGCCUGGUCAAUGCCGAACCGCCGAGUCUGCAGGGUCUUGCAUUCAAGCAGCUUCGCCAGGCGUGGCGCAACGGUGCUUUGAACCUCAAGAACCGCAAGAAGUUGGCCGACAUUGUGGACGAGAAGCUGAAGGCCCGACUGGAGUCGUAG